CCCGCGCUAAACAACCUACAACCCCCCAUUCUGUCCGUUGGGGAUUUUACCUGCAAAUGUUUCUUUCUUCGAUCUGAAACCCCUCGGAAUCGAGCUGGGGUGCCGACGCGAUUGGUGGCGCGCUAACCGGGUGGGCGCUGUAUACACUUUUUUUUUCUGCUACACGCCGCAGCGAGAGACAUGAUCGCUUGCCCUACCAAUGGCGACCGGAACUGUCGAACAUUCGGCACCAAGUGAGGUGCAGAGCGGCUCUUCCGCUUCCAGAAGCCAUAACAUGCGCUCCAACGACAUCCACGAGAAGGAGAAGCACCUCAUCCACUCCAUCCGUCGGUCUCCGCAACGAUCUGGGAACCCCUUCCUCAUUAACGAGCGCCGGGACGAGAAACAACUGUGCAUAUCCUCGAGGAGCUUACACGUGAACGAUUUUGUGUUGAUGAAGACGCUAGGAACCGGUACUUUCGCCCGAGUAUGGCUUACACGACUGAAGGAUGAGACGGACAAGAGCAAAGUGUACGCGCUGAAGAUCUUGCGCAAGGCCGACGUGAUCAAGCUGAAGCAAGUCGAACAUGCGCGCAAUGAGCGCAAAACCCUCGCGGCCGUUAUCGGACAUCCCUUUAUAACAACAUUGAUUGCAUCCUUUUCGGACGAGCAGAAUCUCUAUAUGCUGUUGGACUUUUGCCCUGGAGGUGAGAUCUUCACUUAUCUCCGACGAGCACGACGCUUCAAUGAAGAGACCUCGAGGUUUUACGCGGCGGAGAUCACAAUGACAAUCGAGUAUCUACACGAUGUUCAAGGAGUAGCCUAUCGUGAUCUCAAACCCGAGAACAUCCUCCUCGAUGCCGACGGCCACAUUAAACUCGUCGAUUUUGGAUUCGCAAAGCAGGUAGACAAUCGCGAGACAUACACCCUCUGCGGUACUCCCGAAUACCUAGCUCCGGAAGUUAUUCAUAACAGCGGCCAUGGUCUCGCUGUCGAUUGGUGGGCGCUUGGUAUUCUGAUCUAUGAAUUCCUUAUUGUCGAAGGCCGACUACGCUUCCCACCUAAUAUGCCUGCCGCCGCGCAGAACAUUGUCUCACUGCUCUGCAAAACCAAUCCCUCGGAACGUCUGGGCCAUAUUUCCGGCGGCUCAAAUAGAGUCAAGUCUCAUCCGUUCUUCCAGGAUGUGGCUUGGGAUGAUCUGUUCUACCGACGUGUCAAAGGCCCGAUCAUUCCCCGGGUAUCUCAUCCAGCGGACACCGGUAACUUUGAGGAAUAUCCGGACUCCGACAACCGCCACCAGAACCUGUACACCGAUGAUCUGAAGAAGAAGUAUGAGCCUCUUUUCAGUGAUUUUUGA